AUGCAAGGCAGGAUCACAGCACAGGCGUUCAGUUUUGACCAGCAGUUUAAGCCCUAUCAAAAGGAUGAAUUUGUCAUGGCAUUUUUUAAUGAUCAAAAUGUGAACUCCAGUUUAAAGUUGCUCUCAGCUUCAGGACAAUGGACUACAUUGGGUUCCAAAGUGACAAAAAUUGAAGCUACAGUGGUGCCCUGUACACAAAUCUCCAUGUCAUUUUUUGAUCGGCUAUACACUGAAGGAGUUGUUAGAGAAACUGGAGAUAUUGUGAAAUGUUAUGAUGACUAUUACGAUGAUAUUCUCAUCUCUGAUGAAUUAAGGAAGGUCUUGCUUCUGGAAGAUUCAGACCAUUAUGAUUUAUUCAGUCAACUGGAUCGCGAGGAAUUUCUGUUCUGUCUUUUUAAGCAUCUUUGCAUUGGAGGAACUCUUUGCCAGUUUGAAGAUGUAGUUGGCCCAUACUUAGAAACUACAAAAGCUUUAUAUAAAGACUUGGUGAGUGUUCAAAAGAAUCCUGAAACAAAAGAAAUAUGUAUUAUUUCUACAGUCUUCAGAGUGUCUGCAUAUGAUGACCAUGGCCUGUGUUACCCUUCAAGCAAAAGCCACCAACAGAAUUUUGCCUACUUGGUCGUGGAUCCCUGCAAGCGACACGUGCACACUCUGUACCACUGUUUUGGCGCGAGCUUAUUUACCAACUAA